AUGGGCUGUGGUGGCUCGCGGCCAGAAGUAAUCGAGGGAAAGGACGAGGGGCGUCCACAGCGUCUGGCACCUGCUUACCACCAGCGCCCCAAGGACGGCAGCGAUCAGAGCGCCUCUGAGACCGCAUCAGUCGCUGCAGGCUUUGGCGCGGCGUCACGACCUCACGAUCCCCAACCCCCCGGGCCCGACGACCGAGUGAAUUCCGCCAAUCACCCCAACCAACUCCAAUACACCUCUCCAAGGGGUAACGUGCCGCUGAAGAGGCUGAACGACAUCGUCCAGUCCGCCCCCGCGCCUCCAAAAGGACCGCCACUCAUGGGGAAGAGGUUUCCCAAGCGGUACAGGAACAACGAAGGGCCAAGUGAUAACCCAACCCACAACUACGAGGCGUGGGAGAUUCAACGGCCCCAGGCCGGGGGCAACGGCGCACUCUACGAGUACCCGAUCAAACCCAUCCAGCAGCCCGCUCCCUCGACUGCCAAUUUCAACUUCGACCUCCCCCCAGCCAGUAUAAAAAGGCUAAGACCCCCGCACCCCAACGACAAGGAAAAUACCGUGGCGCGAUGGAAAAGCCCCCCAAACGAUCCGGGACCCCUCCGAGCCGUGGUCAAUGAAGAUCGCGCUGUCGUCGGCGCCAUGUACCAUCCCGAGGGAAACAUCCGAGGCUACAAGCGCGCGCGACUGGUGCCCUUGGACAGGCAGGGACGGGCCGAGGUUGCGCGACACGAUGACAGGCAGCAGCUUGGCGGGCGGACAACCUGGCCACAUAGAGGGUCUGAUAACGAUUGGCAAUGA